GAAUAGCCACUUCUCUUACUCUCUCACCAACAUAGCAAAUGGAAGCAACUCCAUUGUCAUCUUCUCUCUGGUUCUCCAACCCAAAAUGUCCUCCUUCCAUCCAUUCCUCUCCAUUUUCUACUGCUUUUCCCUUCCAACCUCUCAUCCAUGCCUCACCUUCCCUUCAACUCCAGGCCCUCUGCCUCAAGAGCUCACAAAGGAACCACCUUUAUCAUCCUCAUCAUCUCAGUUCAAGUCAGGGGAGGAGAGGACUUGCUGUUAGGUCUUCUGCUAGUGAGAUCCCUUCAGUUGAUGACUCAACAAAGUGGCUUUUUGAGCCUGUAGGGAAUGGUGAUUCACGGCAUAUUGGUUACCGAGUUCCUCUGCCAGGUGCAUUCGAAGUCGUUUCUGAUGUAGUGACUAUAGGCAGGGUUCCUGAGAAAGCAGAUAUCGUGAUUCCUAUUGCUACAGUAUCCGGUGUACACGCGAAGCUCAAGAAGAAGGAAGGAACAUUGCUGAUAACAGACUUGGACAGUACUAAUGGAACAUACAUCAACGACAUGAGGCUUAGGCCCGGCGCUGUCACGACAGUGUCACCGGGGAGUUUAAUAACAUUCGGUGACACAAAUUUGGCUAUUUUUCGAGUUUCAAAGAAAGUCAUAGAACACAAGGAAAACACAAGCAUAACUGAUGAAUCUGAAAUCGAAGCAGAGGCUGAUGGACAGGAAAACAAUGCGGAAGCUUGACUUUGAUUUAUUCCAAAUCAUUCAAAUGUUCCAAAUCUUGUGAAUAAUUUGUAUCAAUUACUGUUUUUCCAUUGUCGAAUAAUUAUUCUAUUGAAAUGCAAAUUCAAAGAGAAUGUUCUUCCAUUA